GCCUCUGUCCUCUCUCUUAUCCAAAACUCUCUUUUGGUCAUCGCGCGGAAUUGAAGGAUCCCGGCUCUGCUGUCACUUUCUGCAUUACUUUAUCAUGCAAAAGCAAGGAAUUCUUCAUCAGAAAGCGCUCUUCAACUUUGUGACAAAAACCAAUGGUCAAAUCGAUUUUGAGCAUACCAUGGGAUUUGGCAAUUUAUUUUUGGACACAAGCAUCACAAAGUCAUGCCAACUGAAGGCAAGAAUUCAAUGCCUAACUGGAAGUGCCAUUCCCAUGAUGAAGGUAACUUCUGCGUUAAAAUUAUCUAAAAUCAAGAGUACGCUGGAUGAAAAUGUUGAAGAAUUAUCUGAUGAUGAUGAUGAGCUCUGUCCUGUCGAUUGUGUAAGAGAGUUUAACACAGAUGAGGAAUUUUCAAGGAUUCUGGAAAAGGCCAAAGAAUCAAACGCAUUAGUUGUUGUGGAUUUUUAUCGAACUUCUUGUGGAAGCUGCAAAUAUAUAGAACAGGGCUUUAUGAAACUAUGUAAGGGGUCUGGAGAUCAAGAAGCUCCUGUUGUCUUUCUGAAACACAAUGUACUUGAUGAAUAUGAUGAACAAUCUGAGGUUGCUGAACGGCUCCGAAUUAGGACUGUUCCGCUUUUCCAUUUUUACAAAAAUGGAGUUCUAUUGGAGGCAUUUCCAACCAGGGAUAAAGAGCGAAUACUUGAAGCCAUUCUUAAGUACACAGCUUCUGCUCCUCAAGAAGUUGAGUCGACUUCCUAAUGUUUAUAGUUUUGGCUUUACUGUUAUAGGACCGUAGUGAUACUCAAACAUAGAUGAUUUUUUCACUGUCACUUGCAUCUGUAGGAUAGUGCUGUUGAAACUUAAGACAAAGAAACAUUGUAUAUGAACAUAUCAGUUUCAUGAGUUGUACUAUUAAAACAACGAUGUUAUCAGAACCAGUUAUACUUGCAUUUCUGGGAAAAAGACAUUGAGUAAAA